AUGGCCAAAACAAACCUGGACCGCCGCUUUCUUAUCGAGCUUAACGGCCAAUUCGUCAGUAGUCUGUCUGAUACCGAGACCGCCUACCUCGCGGCCAAUUGGCAGGAAAAGUACCCCGUUAGCAUGGGAGACCGCGACAAAGCUGCAGUGUUCACUUUGGAAAACGGACUCCUACUUAGUCGCAACGAAGUCAGCCUCCUCGUUGUCGGGCGCUUGAUGGACGAGGAAGACAAGUUUGACCCUAGGCCUAUGUACUGGGCCGAGCAGUUUCAUCGGGUGAAGUCGGUUCAGUACACGGGGGAUGGUGACGAUGUUCAACUGGAGUCUUUUGACUUUCCGCUCGGUGCGCUGCUUGACGAUGAUGAGCAGACGCGAUUGUACGCGUGCCCUCCCACCAUGGAUAUCGGACCUGGGACAAAGUUGCACUGGCAGGAGACAAAGGCUUAG